AUGGCGCGCCGUGCCUCCCGCCUUUCCGCGUCCGCGACUCCCGGGCUCGUCUCUGCACACGAGGCACCCGAAGACAUGAGCCUCGACAUCCCCGAACAGCUCCUCACGCCCGAGGCCAGUCGCUCUGAAACAUCGAGCAACAAUGAGAACGCGUUAGCAGAAGAAAAACCCGUCACGCGGCGCCGUUCAACACGAGUAGCACGCGUAUCGUUGGCCGCUGACACCCUGGAUACCGCACCCGAGGAAGAUGAGACGCCGACUUCCUCCAGCCAGGCCUAUGUGGAUAGCCUUGCCAAGGCGAAGCGCACGCGCUCUUCGCUGCGGCAUAGCCUUGCUGUGAUAGAAUCUUCUCUGUUCAAGGGCACCGCGGAAGAUACCAUGACGGACAACCACUCAAUGGCCCCGGACACUCCCGUUUCGAAAUCAUCACAGGAAACCCCUUUGGAGGAUAUGGCUACCUCGCUUCAGCAACGGAACCUGCGAAAGCGCGUGGAGAAGGCACUGGCCGAGGAUGAAGGAACCCCGAAGGCUAAGACGUCUAAGAGUAGUUCUCGCGGCUCAGUACGACGAUCAACUCGUCUCAGUAUUGUGGAUAAAGCAUCUGAUCUUUUCGACCGAGCAAACAGUGUUUUGGGAAAGCGGUCGAGGAAUCUGGGUGAAAAAGGCAAGGAACUAGGUCGACGCGCCAGCCUUCGUUCUCGACAUGUCGCGCCUGAAAAGGAGGAUGCCGGCCCUGCGCCCGCUGAGCCUGCAUCAAAGAAGCGUCGAGUCUCUGAAAGCGAUUUGUCCAAGCUGCAGGCUCAGGAAGCUAGCCGUUCGCAGGAAGCUAGCCGUUCAGAAGAACCAACAGCCCCGGCUGUAAAGCAGUAUAAACCCAAACGCUGGCUGUCACAUGGACUGUAUACUGGCCAAGAACCGACCGAUUCACCCCCGAAACAACGUCGAAGCAAGACCUCCUCUAAAGCGAGCGGUAUUCCUCAACAGCGGAAACUUAUGCCUAUGCCAAUGUUUGCCGGGGCACGUAUGAUUCAAAGCGGCCGGAAUUAUCAGGUUCCAUUCGAUAUCUUCUCACCUCUUCCGCCUGGUCAACCCAAGCCGAACGAGUGGCGCAAAACUAACAAGAACGUAUUCAUUGGCGAUGCCUCCAGUGAAUGGAGAGCCAACAAGAAGCUGGAGCUUUCUACCUGCAUGUGCGAGGAAGAGACUGGCUGCGAUGAAGACUGCCAGAAUCGCUAUAUGUUCUACGAAUGCGACAGUGGUAACUGCCGACUGGGCCCGGAGUGCGGUAACCGCAACUUUUCUGAGCUCAAACAGCGAACCAAGGCUGGCGGCAAGUACAAUGUUGGAGUUGAGGUGAUCAAGACUGUGGAUCGUGGAUACGGUGUCCGCAGCAACCGCACAUUCGAGCCCAACCAGAUUAUUGUUGAGUAUACUGGUGAGAUUAUCACACAGAUUGAGUGUGAGAGGAGAAUGAGAUCGGUGUACAAGAAUAACGAAUGCUACUAUCUGAUGUACUUUGAUCAAAACAUGAUCAUUGAUGCCACUCGAGGAUCCAUUGCUCGCUUUGUCAACCAUUCGUGUGAACCUAAUUGCCGUAUGGAGAAGUGGACUGUUGCCGGGAAGCCGCGCAUGGCCCUUUUUGCCGGAGAGAACGGCAUCAUGACUGGACAAGAGCUGAGCUACGACUACAACUUCAACCCGUAUUCUAGCAAGAACGUCCAACAGUGUCGUUGUGGAGCAGAGAACUGCCGAGGAAUCCUUGGCCCUCGUCCAAAGGAUAAGGAUCAACGUCCCAAGAUUGUGGAGGAAAAGAAGGUUGUGAUAAAGAACAAGAAGAUGAUCAGCACAAAGCGAAAGCUUGCAGAUGAAGAUGAAAGCACUAACGCUCGUGGAGGAAAGAAGCGUAAGAUGAUCACGUCCAAGUCAAUCAAGGCUAGCGUCAAGAAAGUCAUGGCCAAGGCUACCACUGUACGCGGAAAGGCGGUUGCGAAGAAGGCAACCACCACAGCCCGAGGCAAGACUGUCUCCAAGCAGGGCGUCAAACUGCCCAAGGUGAAACCAGCUGCCAGAGUCAAGGCUGCUGUUCGGGGACCCCGACGAAAGGCGGACACUGCGAAGAUUGCACCAGCCUCCCCUGCCAAGAAUUCGCCCCUCAAGCGGCCAUCUGCUGAGACCAAAAAGCAGAUUCUUGCUGCCGCCGCCAAGGGCUCCAGGUCACAGGCUAAGAAGUCGCCCGCAAAAUCUCCUGCCAAGUCACCCGGAAAGCUUGGUCGGAAGCCUGGCCCCAAGCCUGGUCCCCGUAAAGCACCGACGAAGAGCCCUAUCAAGGCUCGGAUGACAACCAAAGAUAAGGGCACCGUGGCAGCGUCAAGUCCUGCUAAGGUGAAGACUGCCAAAGGCAAGGGUUUGGGUGCGAGUGUGCGAAACGCAGCGAAGAACAUGAUGCGCGGCGUUAAGGGAAUGAAGAAAUAA